AUGGUGGAUAAUGUUUCUAUGAUAUCAAUGUUUUUUCUUUCAGGUUUAAAUGAAACAAAGAACCACAGAUUUACUCUCUUCUGUCUCACUUUACUGUGUUAUUGUGUAAUUUUGCUGGUAAAUAUUUCUAUUAUUGUGACGAUCAUCUUAGAUAAAAACCUGCAUGAACCAAUGUAUAUUCUGUUGUGCACUUUUUGCAUGAAUGGACUUUAUGGGACAGCAGGUUUCUACCCCAAAUUUCUCUGGGACCUGCUCUCUCCUGUUCAUGUUAUCUCUUACUCUGGAUGCCUUCUUCAGGCUCAGGUAAUGUACUCUUUUGCCUGCAGUGAUCUGUCUAUUCUUUCAGUAAUGGCGUAUGACAGAUAUGUGGCUAUAUGUCGGCCACUGCAGUACCACUCUAUCAUGUCGAAGCAAAGACUCGUCAGGUUAGUCUGUUUCUCUUGGCUAACACCUUUCUGCAUUAUAGCCACAAAUAUUUCUUUAACAUCUAGAUUCAAAUUAUGCAGCCCAUAUAUUGCCAGAAUCUUUUGUGUGAAUUGGAUUAUUGUUAAACUUGCUUGUUUCCCCGCUGAAACUGUUGUUAACAGCAUCGUUGCAUACAUCACAAUACUCAUUUACGUAUUUCAUGGUUUCUUUAUAGUUUGGUCCUACAUGUAUCUCAUCAAAACAUAUGUAAAUUCUAUAGAAAAGAGGGCCAAGUUCAUGCAAACAUGUGUGCCACAUUUAAUCUCCUUACUCACUUUUCUUGUGACUAUACUUUUUGAUGUUAUGAAUAUGCGAUUUGGUUCAAAAGAUGUACCUCAAACCCUUCAAAACUUUGCUGCAAUAGAAUUUCUGGUCAUACCUCCCAUUUUGAAUCCUCUCAUUUAUGGUUUCAAACUGACCAAAAUUCGGAACAGAAUUCUGAGUUAUAUCACUUUUAAAAUGAAAUGA